CAGUGACGAAACAGCGUCCGACGACCAUUGGUAAUAUUCCCGCGUGGUGGCGACAGAAGCUAAGUGAAAGUCAGUGAUGUGGACGGUGAAGGUGGUCGGCCUGGGUGUGGUGGCCCUCUCUAUCAGUGUGGAGCUGCUUGGCUGGCUCCUUCGCCGCCUCAGGCCUGGAAGAAUCCUCAAUGAGGUCCUCUUCUUUCCCUCGGAGAUGGCCUGCGUGGAGCACAUCUUCACUCCCUCUUUACCUCAUUCGUGUCUCUGCCCAUUGCCUCAUGGCGUAGAAACUUCUUUCUCCCUUCUUCUCCGACACAUCCUGUCUGCUUCCUCCUCUCUGGACUUGUGUGUCUUUGCCUUCUCCAACAUGGACCUGAGCAGGGCUGUACUAGCACUGUAUGGCAGGGGCGUCACCAUCCGAGUCCUCUCUGACAAGGACUAUGUGGCCAUUACCGGCUCCCAGAUAGGGAUCCUCCGCAAGGCCGGGAUCUGUGUGCGGUGCGACGUGGGCUCUGUGUAUAUGCAUCACAAGUUUGCAGUGGUGGACAGCCGGCUUCUCAUCACGGGCUCCCUCAACUGGACGCUGCAAGCAGUGCAGGGCAACAUGGAGAACAUCCUCGUCACUGAGGAGCCAAAACUGGUGCAGCCCUUCGUUAAAGAGUUCCACAGGUUGUGGGCACGCAAUGAUCCGGCCCAACGCCACCGCUAAAGUACCCAGGUUACCACUAGAACCAUCAAUAGCCAUGAUAAAUAUUGAGUCUGAGCUCAGGAACCUUUGAGGUAGGUGGUAUGUGUGCUAAAAUCAGCUUGGCCACAAAUUUCUACAGAAUUUGAUCUUUUCCUGUUUUGCUCUGUUACUUCUAGUUUUUGGAAGACUUGUUUAUGUUUAAGUGACAGUGUUACCGUUUAAGAUAAUGGACGUUUCAUGGCAGUUUAUUUUGAAUAUUUAUUUUAAAUAUGUAACAGAUAACUGUGUGUCAUUUGAUUCAACAGGCUGCAGUUCCUGAGUUCCUGUUUGAUUUAGGUUUUGUUAUAUUUUACAAAAACAAUGGCCUAAUCUUCUACAUUUUUAAUAUUUUGUAUGCUACACUUCAUUUGCUUUUUGAAAUAUCUCCAUUGAGGUGUCUUUCUUAAUGGUCAUUAUGUAAUCAAUAAUCUCUUACAUGAUACAUUUCCCCCCUCAUUACUAAAGGCUGAUGGCUAGGCUAGUCCAGAAUUUUAGUUUAAUGUCUUUAUUUAAAUAACAAUCCACAGUUCACCAUGUGUUUAAUUCUAGAUGAAACUAAAUGUAAAAACCCAGUGUAUUGUUUAGGGCGUGCUUCUGCGGUCUCAGGGACUAUGUUUUGCCAAGCACCAAUAAAAACCCUCUUUCACACUGCA